AUGGAAUGCUUUGUCAGAUUGCUCGGUAACUCGAGGCGCCGGGAGCCAUGCCUGGCUGCGAUCGUGCUCCUCGCGAUCGUUGCAGGCGUCCCUUCAGGUGCUACCCAAAAUGAGGAGGCGGUGAAAGUCUUCGAGCAAGUGAUCUCAGACGCCGACACCGCCCAUUUCCAAGACCUUCUCAAGAAAGGUCAGAAAUCAUCUUGCUGUGGCUACUGGGCAGAUCGCGCUGCUGUGCGACUUCAGCAGUUCGUGGCCGGGCAGUUGGAGGUGAGUCGGAGGCACCUGGGCGAUGUGCACUUUGACAACAUCACGGCGGUAAGAGCCAUCCCCGAUGAGCCAAGCUGGAGUGGUGUUGCUGUCCUCUACUUGGAUGGCAGUGCGCAGGUGCAGCUGCAGCACCACGAUCAUCAUGUUGUGGAGACGAUGGAUGUGACUUCAGGCAGUUUGAUACAGGUACCCGAAGGAGCGGUGCUGCUGCACAACAAGCCGUUACAAGUUGCAUGGACCCGCAUCCGAGCCGUUGACUCGCCGGUGCGAGGUUUCUUCGAGUUCUACUUCGCGUCUUGGGUGCAGCGCAAUUUUGUGACGCCGUAUGACACGGCAUCGCAGCGCAAGUUUUUCCGAUCACACACACGGCAUCCUCGGUAUUGGCAUGGGUUCAUUUGGAGCUUUCUUGGAACGUUCUGCACCGUCUUUGCGUGCUUGCCUUUGGCUUGGUUCGGUGUCCAAAUGCUUGCGAGCUUGCAUGGCCGAGAUGAUCCCCUUGCAGAUGAAUGCCUUUCGCCAACCUUGCUACCUCGCGUCGGUCGCCAAGGUGGAAAAGGUACCCGCUUUGCGAAGGGUUCUAAGGACCAUGUCAGGCCGACUUCCCCCUGGAGUCUCUCCAAGUGA